AUGCCACCUAAAAAGAAGCCACCCAAAACAAGAGAAGAAAUAUUAGAACAAAAACGAAUAGCUGAACAAUUGAGAUAUCAACGCCUUAAAAAUGACCCUCAAAAACUAGAAGAAAUGAAAGAAAAAGAAAGGCUGAAAUACCAAAAGAAGAAAGAAAAAGGGAGCAUAAAAUUGGUUAAGGAUAUGAGUCGUCGCGAGCAUAAGGCUGCUAAAAAGACUUGGAAAGAGCGCUGUACUAAAUAUCGUCAAAAAAAAAGGGCCAUGAAAGAAAUAACUAAUACUUUUGUCAGGGAAAAUACACCAGAUUCUACUACUGGCCCAACAUUAGAAUGUCCGGCGCCAUUAAGGUCGUCAGAAAAUGCAUUAGUUGAGACAAGAAAGAAACAGGCUAGAAAGCAACGUGCAAAGAUAUUGAAAGAUAAAGACAAUAAGAUUCAACAAUACAAACAGAAAUUGGAAAAAUAUAAGAAAAGAUUACAACGGUUGGAACAAAAACUUAAUAAAAACGGUAAAAAAGAUGAGACACCUAACACAAAACUAACACGAAUGUGUGUCACUCCAUCAACUCGCAAAGACGUUGUUAAGAAGGCACUUUUUGGGGAAGUAUUAAAUAAACAAUUAAAAGAAAACUAUGCAGGAUUACAAACACAAAAAGAGAAACAUAUUUUCGGAAAAGUUAUAUCAGGUGAAUUGGUUGAAAAAUAUAAGUUAUGGAGGAGCCAAGAAAGUGUGGUGUCCUAUAAGAGGCUUCAGAAAAUUAAAAAUCUAUCAUUAUUACCCACAACACGGACUCGACUACCACUUAUUGCAUCCGAACAUAUGAAGAUAGUACAAAAUUUUUAUGAAAAUGAUGAUAAUAGCAGAAUUGGUGCAGGAAAACGGGAAUGUGUAACCAAGAACAGAGUCAAAAAGCAAAAGAGAUACUUGCUAGAUACAUUGACCAAUUUGUACCAGAAAUUUAAGAGUAAUCACUCAGGUCUAAUCAGUUAUCAGACAUUCUGUCGUUUGCGUCCAUUCUGGGUGGUAACACCCAAAAUAAAUGAACGGGAUACAUGCCUUUGUAUCAGACACGCAAACAUUGAUAUGAAAUUAUCUGCCUUGUACUGCCGGAAGAUUUUGCGCUACGAUAAUCAUAAUAAAUUGCUUGAAAAAACUUGCUGUAAUCGUUAUGAUGAGCAAUGUUUAUCUCGGGAAUGUCAGCAUUGUUUCAAUAAGAAUCCUGAUUACCAAGAGUUUGAUGAUAGCAAGCCUAUAGUGUAUAAAAAAUGGAUAGCUGAGAAACAAGAUUACAAAGAUCCAAAGUUAAAUAAAGUACGAUCUAUAACAAAAUAUGUGAAAAAGAAAAUUACGGUUAGUCCUCGUGAAUUAAUACAAGAACUACACGAUGAACUGGAUGCGUAUUAUAACCACGAAAGAAACAUAUUUCAUCAGUACACAGCUAUCAAAGAGUUAAAAGAGAAUCUUAAUGAUAAUGAAGUUGUUAUACUCAUGGACUUUUCAGAAAAUUACUGUACCAAGUACAGUGAGGAGAUACAGGCCUAUCAUUUUGGAGGUUCUAGACUUCAGCUUAGCCUUCAUACCGUGGUAGUUUACACUAAAAAUGCCUUAAAAUCCUAUUGUACUGUUUCCCAAAAUACUACACACUCACCUGCUGCUAUUUGGGAACAUUUGAAGCCUAUUUUUAGAACUUUACCACCGCAUAUUACCGGCAUUCAUUUUGUGAGCGACGGACCCGUUACACAGUAUCGAAAUAAAACGAUGUUCCAUAUUCUGGCUUCGAGGCUACAUGUGGAGGUUCCAAAUGUAGAAAAGUUCUCCUGGAAUUUUUCAGAGAGUGGCCAUGGCAAGAGUGCCGCAGAUGGUAUUGGCGCCACGUGCAAAAGAUCUGCUGAUGCUGUCGUUGGCACCCUUAAAAUACAUCAGAUUAAGGGAAAGAUAUCACGCAGUCCUUUGGGUUUGCCACAAGGCACUGCCAAACUUAUAAUGAAGAGCUUAAGCUGCCCUUGUGAAGAAGAAUGCCAGCAUUUUAACCUAGGUGUUAUGAACUAUGAAGUGGCAAAACUUCACGUCGAGGAUUUCUACACAGACUCCGAUUCCGAAGACGAAAUCCCGCUAGCUCAAAUCCCACGGAAUAAUGACUGCAUUACACAGACUGUCCUUUUAAGACCGAUUGAAAAUACUAAGACUGAUCUUGAGAAUACUGCGGAGCCUAGUACAAGCGGCCUUCAGCAAACUUAUUAUAACAGUGGUGAUUAUGUUUUAGUUAAGUUUACUGUCGGGAACAGGGAAUAUCGUUAUGCUGCUGUUGUUAAUAAAGUAGAUGAUGAGGACGGCGAACUAACAGUGACUUUUCUGAAAAUUUGUGAUAACAAAGGUUACACGUUUAGAAUAGAUGAGAAUGAUAUGUUUGAUGUCGGUUUUGACCAAAUAUUGGAAAAGUUGCCUGUUCCGAACGUGACUGUUAAAGGAAGUAGAUUAUUUUAUAGUUUUCGAAAAUCAGUACAUGUCUUUGAGAAAUAA